AUCCUUCAAUGUGGUUCACUCUUACUUAUAGGAAAAUAUCUCUUCUAUCCAUAUAGUAGUAUUACAUAUGUCUGAGGGAGUUUAUAAAUUAGGCAUUAGUGAUAAGUUCAGAUUUAUAUAUAAUCACGCUUAUUUUUGGUAAAAUUAACACAAGUCCAUGGUGGUGAGAUUAAAAAGAUCAUCAUGACGAUGUUCGAAGUACUGAGGAAAGACUAUAGUGUCUAUCUGCAACAAUAUUUUAAGCUUUCGGACGUUUUGUCGUUUCAAAAGAAAUGCGUCGAUCGUUGUGCGAACGACGGAGACAGAAAAGCGGCGAUUGAUCAAGCACUGAGAGACACUCUCUUGAUAGUGUUAACGGAGAACUCCUCCGGCAAUGUGCAUUCCCUUGAGUUAUACAUUACGUUUUGCAUAGAACUAUGCAGAAAGGACUUAGCAACGGCAAGUAUGCCGGUAAUGUUGCUUGGUGAUAUUUUUGAUUCAAUGACUCUGGACAGAUGUGUGCAGUUGUUUACCUUUGUUGAGAACAAUGUCUCCGUAUGGAAGGAAGAUCUAUUUUUCAGUGCCUGCAAAAAUAAUUUGUUGAGAAUGUGCAACGAUCUGUUGAGAAAACUAUCACGUUCUCAACAGACAGUAUUUUGCGGCAGAAUCUUAUUGUUCCUUGCCAAGUUCUUUCCCUUUUCUGAAAGAUCUGGUCUGAACAUUGUUAGUGAGUUUAAUCUUGAGAAUUACACAGAAUUUGGAUCUGAGAAGGCUGAGGGAGACGAAUUGGAACAGAUCAACAAGGAUGACGAUAAGUUGGAAAAUAAAAUACCAAUUGAUUAUAACUUGUACAGAAAGUUUUGGGCACUGCAAGACUUCUUUAGAAAUCCAAAUCAGUGCUACAAUAAGAUGCACUGGAAGGUCUUUUCAGCUCAUGCAUCUAAUGUGCUAUCAGCAUUUUCAUCUUUUAAAUUGGAAGAGCAACGUAGUUAUCCAACAACAUGCAUAAAAAUGGAUUCUUCAAUGGAAGGCUCUCACAAGGAAACUCACUACUUUGCCAAAUACUUGACUAAUCAGAAAUUGCUGGAAUUGCAGCUGUCUGAUUCCAACUUCAGGCGAUAUGUAUUGCUGCAGUUUCUCAUUCUAUUCCAGUAUCUGAAUAGCACUGUAAAAUUCAAGGCCUUCCUUGCCAGUGGCUAUGAGACAAGUGAGACGCACGAGCUUAAGCCGGAUCAAGUGGAAUGGGUGAAAGCUACCACAGAUCAAGUGUACGCUCUACUAACCGAGACACCACCCGACGGACCGGCGUUCGCAGAGACAGUAAAAAAUAUCCUGAAACGUGAGGAGCAUUGGAACGCGUGGAAGAAUGAGGGUUGUCCACCGUUUAAGAGACCAGCGUUGGACAUUGGCGCUGACGAGGAGCCGCGGAAGCCAAAGAGACCAAAACGAAGAAUCGGGGACGUUAUCAGGGACGCGCAAGCAGUUGGCAAAUAUCACAUGGGAAAUCCAGAACUUACGAAAUUGUGGAAUCUGUGUCCUGACAAUCUGGAAGCUUGCAAAUCUAAGGACAGAGAUUUCCUUCCUUCUCUGGAAACAUAUUUUGAGGAUGCCAUAGUGGAGUUAGAUCCUGCCGCGAUGGUCGAUGAUAAAUAUAAGAAGGUGAAUGACGGAAAUUUUGGUUGGAGAGCUCUGAGAUUGUUGGCGAGACGAAGCCCGCAUUUCUUCGUUCAUGGCAAUUAUCCCAUAAACAAAUUGCCCGAGUAUCUUGAGACGAUGAUAAAAAAAAUUGCCAAAGAUCGUCCGCAAACGCAGUCCGAUAUGAAAUUGGAAACUGAGGAAACACCACCGCCAGAAUCCAACGAUCAGGAAUUCAACGAGGAUGUCCUCAAGCAAGAAAGUGAACAAGUUGAUUCCGAGAACGUUGACACGAAAACUAGAAAAUUAAAUAAAGUCACACCGGAAAUGGUAGCGAAAUUAUCAGAGAGUCUGAAAAACGAUUGGAAGAAGCUGGCGACAAAAUUUGGUUAUACCAACGAUGAGAUUGCUUUCUUCCAAAGUAAAUCAACACCGUACGAACAGUGCAAGAGUAUGCUUGAGAUAUGGGCGGAGGAGGAUGAGGAUGCAUCGGUGGAAAAUUUAGCUUACAUCUUAGAAGGCUUGAAAUAUACAGAAGCCUUAGCAGUGCUCAAAUCUUAAAUAUACGUUUUAGUAAAUUUAUAUUUCUUUAUAUACUCAAGGAGAUACCAUAUUAAAAAAACUUUAUCGGUAAAAUAUUGAAAUUUGUCUACAAAAUUUACGUAUAUUUAUAUAGAAUUAUAAAUGUUGCGUACGUGAAUUGCGAAAAUAAAUUGGAUUGCAUUGUAUAUGUUUUGUGCAAUAUAUUUUAUCGUUUUUGUCACAGCACAGACAAUCCAUUAUAUUUGUUUAUCAUUAAGCAAUGCACCAAUCCAUUUUCGCGUGGUUUUCAUUAUGUAAAAAUAUUUAUAAUUCCGUGUAAUUAAUACAUAAAUUUUGUUGAAAAUGUCAGUAUUCUGCUCGCAAAGUUUUGAAUUAUUAGAAUUAUCGAUUUUAUGUAUAUAUAGAUGUUUAUUGACAUGGUCGUGCUACUCUUCUUUCAUAUUUCUUCACAUAUAUUUAUCUUUUCUACAAGUAGAGAUCAUAUAUAAUCAUAUCUUUUCUACAAGUAGAGAUCAUAUAUAAAUAUGAGUACGGUUGCUGAUAUCGUUUGAUCAAAAUACGUUUUCGAUGCUUUUGGCAAUCAGUUAGCACGCACGAUGGACCAUAUAACAUCCACAGUUGCUGGUGAAACUUAAUUGCUUCGGUCUUGUGGACGGAGGCAGCCUUUUUAGAUAUUGCGUUACCAAUCGCUAAUUAUUUUUUGCUAAAGAAAAAUAAAGAUUUUAACUUAUUAAUAUAGAUUUUUAAUCACUCGAGAGGUAACAUUUUCAAUGAAAAAUAUUACGACGAUGAUAUAUACUUUGGAAAAACAAUGAUAUAGAAUUAUGCAACUUCAACCAAGUUCUAUAAUCAUAAUUUCAUCUAGUUCUUAGUAUAUAUUACUACGACCACGCCAGCGUUCACAUGUAUGUGAUGUUCGAAACUAAAUAUCUAGAAUCAGUAACACUUUUCAUAUUACUACAUCUGGAUUAGCUGUAUCACAUAAUUUACAGCAUCUAAAUCCAAAACGAAAUAAUUAGGAACACGUAACAAUCUAAGAAAUUGUCUUAAAAUUGUUAACGCUAGGAAAUUUUUAUAUCAUUCAAAGGUUUUUUUGUCACAUUUUACAAAAUAAUGUAUUCCAGUACUGAAAAUGUAUAGAAUAUUUGCUAAAGAAAAAUCUGAUGGAUUUAUAAAAUUUGUGCAAAUAAAAAAAAAUCGAUUCAA